AGCAUUACUAUUAAUCCAGAUAGAUUAUGUAACGAAAGCAGGAACCACACCUACUCAAGCUAGCUAAUCAAACUGUCGUACGGGUAACGGGUAACUUGGAAAAUACCGGUGUACAGUAUUGGGAACAGAAAUGAGGACAGGCAAGGUGGGUGAGUAUGCAAAUGGGUGCCUUAUGAGAUUCGAUGGCCGCUACAGGUAGAUGUUUUUGACAGUCAACGACAAGCGGCUGUAGCGGCGAAAUAAGGAGACGAUGCUAGCGGCUGGUUAGUAUCGUAGAGCAAUUGAAUUGGCUAUGUGUCACUGAACUGUCGACAGCAAAUAAAGCGCCAUUCACGAAUCAGUCGUCAGGUGUGUCAACAGCCAUUACUAAGAACUGUAAGCUGCAUAAGGCAAUGCAGCAGUAGCAAAAACAAGGAUAACCGAACAACACAUAAUGCUAUUUGACGUCAAUUAAUACAGCCAGUAGUAAUAUUGUUCCUGCUGUUACUCAACUAGUCCCGUUCGCACAACGUUCUCCAACACCAGCCCUACGCGGACUAGAAAACGAAGUCAAAUGAAAAGAGUGCCGACCACUAUGAUGCUCAGUGCUUGUACGAUUGCCGAAGAGAAAUUCACAGAUGGCACGCGGCAGCAAAGCAGUCAGCCAUCGAGCACAAACAAGGGCCUUAGCUGGCACAAAGACGUUUGAAGUAUAGCGUCGCCGCUGCUGUUGCAACAUUAUUUCAGUAUCAAUCGCCCGAUGCACUGCCAACCCGACCAUGCACAGAUCAUCAUUGCACGCAUCUUGUUUAGAACUAGUGAGCCAUGAUUAGAGAAGGAGGUGAUGGGAAAGAGUGAAUUCAUCUAGCAGACGGUUGAAAGAAUGAGGGUAUAAAAAUAAAACCUCAAUUAAUCACAGCCAACGUUUUCGAACAGUGUAUCGUAGAACGGGCCCGCCAGUUUGGCGGAAUUUUCAAGAGAGGGAGCGCCGCGGACUCCCACUCCUAUCCGAGUUUUGCCGUGAUGGAACAACCGCAAUUCUCUACCGUCACGGAUUCACCAAAUAGUAGUGGUUUAACGUACUGCAGAACUGUAUUUUCAAAAUAGCUAAAUUUAAUUAUCGUUAUAUUAAUGAAAAAAUGCGCCGUGUCAUUGUUGUCUAGAGAAGAUUUUGAUCGCGAGGCGUAUACCGCUUAUUCUGCACCAAACAAGAAAAUAGUUCAUUAUGAAUUGCUCAUCUGUUGCACGCAGAUUAAUUUCCAUAAUGUAACUUAUUAUAAAGGGCAUGUUCUAUUGCUCACACUAUAUAUAGGAUCAAUGCCUAUAGUACAAUAUAGGGUUUUCCCUGUUUUUGUAUAUAUGUACAUAUUUAUAUAAACAUAUAUAUGUUGAGGCCUUGUUUUGUGCUCAGCCAUCUUGUUCGACAGCCUGCGGUAGUGGAGAGUCGCCGUGGAUACAUACUCCGAAGUCCUGGUAGAUAUCAUCUCUGAGCACCCGCCGUCGUAUUGUUGUAGCACCAGCUUCCAUCGGAGCGCGCGUACUUUUGGUCGCAGUGCAGGUUCAUCGUGCUCUCUGUGUAUUGGCGCGCUGUGUAAACUCGAUAGACCGGCGUAUAGCUGCAACAGCAGCGAUAGAGCAGGCGCUGCGAUUCCGCGCUCAGCCUGUCAGUUUAUGGAGAGCACCGACGUUAUGGCCGCUCCGCCUUUCGCGUUGCGUUUGGCCCAAACGGUGACUGGCUCUGUGUCCAUCUCUUUUUGUAGCUGCUGCUUCCGUUGCUAUUGAUGCCGCUUUGCCAUAGACAGCGCAGACGACUGGUGCAAACGACCAGGCCAACAAAAGGCCACGUCCGAAACCUGUUCUUUCAUUUCGAGCGCACGCUACAGUAGCGGCGGCGACAAGUGAGUGCACGACGGUGCUAGAUAAUCCUCUCCAGUAUGGCGUUCUGAGCAUGAUCUAUGCGUGUUCGAAUGGGCGGCACUGUGCAGUACUGUGUCACGCUAAACGGCAACCCUACGACGACUUAUAUAAGAUAGCAUGCGCCCAUGGAGCAAAUACCUAGCUUGAGCAGCAACUUAACGAAUAUCAGCCUUCACUUUCAUCUUGUACACAAGAUUGUAUAUGCCGAGUUAUUCUGAAUGACUGCCGUUCACAACAGCAGUCUUUAGCAGGCUAUUUGAAAUCGAAAAACGUGCGGGAAUCUGCUAUGAGGUAUCUGUCGCUCUCUUUCUUUCUUUCUCAUUCUCUCUCUAAUAUAUAUAUAUAUAUAAAAUACGUCCCGCAUCAGAUGUUUACCAACCCUUCAGUGGGCAAGUUGGACUAGUUGGUUUGGGCGCGCAGUGAAAAUCUCGUAUAAGGCUUCGCUUUUGCAACGAUCGACAUGUUUUAUGUUCACAUUGACAGACGUGUGUGUGCUAAAAAUGUUGCCAUACCAAUUCAUGCUAGCACGCUGGACAAACGGUGCGUGCUGUUGUUGACCAGCGCAGUCGCCUAGCUGGCUCCAGCUAGGCGGAGCGUGAAAACGCUAUGAGAACAGGAAACCUCGAGAACGAUGUUAUUUAAUGUCUGCGUGUGUGGCGGCUAGCUGGAACUGUUUUUGUCCAUUUACCUAUCCAUGAAAUAGGCAGUGAAAGAGAGCGCGACAUUAAUUCUAAUGUCAACUAGUGUCUGUCGUCGAUGAGUGGCUGUUUACUACGAAGAAUGAUGAAAAAUUUUUUGAAAAGUGUUUUUUCUGCAGCUCUGUGUCGCGAUCGACCGGCCGAACUCAUUGUAUUUAUCUGUGUCACAAAGACAAUCUUAACAAAUUGAUAGAGAUUCAGCUGUACGCGGAAAACACAACGAAAAACUUCUACCGUGUCUGGUUAAGAGACAUGCGUGGUACCACCAAACACCUCACAACUUCAAACACCUCCAGGUGUAGAUCAAGCCGCGUCAUUGAUGACUCAAUCGCAUUUAUGGGAAGAAAUCAAAAUUAAGCCCGCAAUAGGGCUCUAUAACUUGCUGUUACAAUGCCUGUCACACUGAUCGCUAUGUGACGUUUCAAUUCCCGGUUAUACGCGUGGUUCAAGGCGUCCCUGUAGGUGUUUCCAUUUGUGUGAAUUUACUAGAGAAGGCGCAGAGGGGAUCAAGGCGUUCAGACGUGAAAAGCUGCUUACGUCUGUCAUUGACGAAGCUAAAACCGGAAAAACGCCAGUGGCGGCACGUCAAUUCGGACAGGACUACACCUAGUGACCACAGCGUGGUCCUACAGAAAAAUGAACGGAGGGGUUGGCCCUCGUUCUUAAUGUCUUUCGGGCAUCGUCCGCCAGAGCGCGUUAACGGCCUACGGCGCUAGGCGCAGGCCGUUAGGUGCGUUGGACGCAGGUUGCGUGUAUGCGGAGCUUGCCUCGACGGUUGGGCCUGUCCGUUGUGCUGUGCGUUUCACUGUUAUCUUUAUGGAAAUCGUUCAGCGUCGAUCGGCUGGUGGGUGCCCGAAGAGCGACCAGUGCUCAACAGCAGCAACAGGAACAAAUUCGCCAACUCGAGGCACGAAGUCAGCUGCUGCGUAGAGAACUGCACGAGUGCUACGGACAGCUGCUCAACCUGCAACGCGCCAAUGAUAGUUCACAGUCAUCUGCGGCGCGUGCGCUUAAGUGUCAAGUUAUUCAUGUGUCCAUUGUCAGUGCCGGCUAUAAGUCGACGCGGUCCCUCGUAACGUUAAUUAAGAGCGUACUCUUCUACCGCAAGAAUCCAUUACAUCUGCAUCUUGUUACGGAUAGCGUGGCGCACAAUAUUUUAUCGAUUCUCUUUAGCACCUGGGAAAUUCCGCAGGUGGAGUACUCGUUUUACCUGACCGACAAGUUGGCAAAGGAUGUCAACUGGAUACCCAAUAAACACUACUCCGGAAUAUAUGGGCUUAUGAAGCUCGUACUAACAAAAGCUUUACCGCAGUCACUUGCCAAGACUAUCGUUCUUGAUACCGACGUCACGUUUGCCUGCGAUAUCGCCCAGCUGUGGCGACUUUUCGACUCCUUUGGGCCUAAGCAUGCCAUUGCCCUUGUUGAGAACCAAAGCGAUUGGUAUCUCGGUAAAUUAUGGAAACAUCACAAACCAUGGCCGGCUUUGGGUCGGGGCUUCAAUACCGGCGUUAUACUUCUUCAUCUCGGAAAGUUGCGAUCUCUGGGGUGGGACGAUCUUUGGCGCCACGUAGCCGAACGGGAGCUUAGCUCCAUGUACUUCACCUCGCUUGCCGAUCAAGAUAUCUUCAAUGCAGUAAUUAACUCGUACCCCACGAUGCUACUUCAACUGCCUUGCCAAUGGAAUGUUCAACUAGGCGAUAACACCCUGUCGGAAUUCUGUUACUCGGAGGUUGAAGAUCUAAAAGUGAUCCACUGGAAUUCUCCAAAGAAGCUACGUGUAAAAAAUAAGCACGUGCAAUAUUUUCGGAACAUGUAUCUGACAUUUUUGGAGUACGACGGCAAUUUGCUACGCAGAGAGCUAAUUUCUUGCAACCGAAGCUCGACUUUGGAGGGGGUCAUGGCCCCGUCAUCGCGAGAUCAACUACAAGGGCUGGACGAAGAUGAUCCAUGUUAUGAAUUCCGCCGAGGCAAUAUUACCAGAUACAGAACACAUCUAUAUUAUAUGGAAUUUGAUUAUGAAUCCACGCAAGACGACGUUACCUUAGUCACCCAGCUGUCGAUGGACCGCCUACAGAUGGUGGAAGCGUUAUGCAAGCAUUGGCCAGGACCCAUAUCCUUAGCUCUGUACCUGUCGGAUUCUGAGGUACAGCAAUUUCUUGCCUUUACGCUCAAUUCCGAGGUGCUCUCCAAGCGACGAAAUAUCGGGUACCACAUCGUAUACCGCGAUGGUCCAUUGUAUCCAGUUAACCAAUUGCGCAAUGUAGCCCUCGAACAGGCUCGAUCACCAUUUGUAUUCCUGACAGAUAUCGAUUUCCUGCCCGUCGUAGGUCUUUACGAGACGCUACGAAACUACAUUCGUCUGCUACGAAUGGACACUCCACGAGACCAGCAAAUGGAAUCCAUCCAACAACAACCGCCAAAUCGGGCGCUAGUUGUUCCAGCCUUUGAGACGCAUAGGUACCGCGUCGAAUUUCCACAUAGUAAGGCCGAGCUGCUAAAAAUGCUAGACGAAGGUCACGUAUUCACGUUUCGGCAUGAUGUGUGGUGUGCGGGUCACGCCGCUACAGACUUCGCCAAGUGGAAAACGGCCACGACGCCCUACGAGGUUGGAUGGCAACCGCAUUUCGAGCCGUAUGUUGUGGUUCGAAAGGAUGUUAUCAGGUUUGACACCCGUUUCCUCGGGUUUGGCUGGAAUAAGGUGUCGCACGCGAUGGAGCUGCAUGCUCAGGGUUACGUAUUCACCGUUCUACCAAAUGCGUUUGUCGUACACUUGCCUCACGCUCCAUCGCUAGACAUAGCCCGCUUCCGAUCCUCCAAAAAAUAUCGCAGCUGUCUUAAAACCCUUAAAAACGAGUUUGUCGCACACAUUAAUCGCAAAUACGGCAAACAGUUAACGGCCGACCCCGAGCCCGGACAGCAGAUCCGAUGCACGUAGUAGAACUAUGAAGUAAGUUACUACUGGACGUAUCAGAGGUCAUUAACUGUACCGCUUAAAUGUUUAGAGUUCGAUCGUCCGUUGUGUCUCCGUCUGAUAUCAGCCACUAAACGAGUAAAGGUAUAGCCAAAUGAGACUGAUCAAUCCCGUCGCUCGUCGCUGCACAACAGCACGAAGCAACUCACGUGUCGAGCUCGCUUGCCUAUUCGAUGAAGGAUUGAAGAUGCGAACGCAGACGUCGUAUCUUUGCCGCUUCGUAUUGUCUUGCCAGAGUUAGUUUACUGAUGAUGUCCAAAUGUGCCUUCCUCGCAUAAAGGAGUCGCGAUGGACAAACAGACCCUUGCCCUGUAUGUAUAUAUAGACCCGUAACACUAGGGGCAUGACAAAUGAUUUACGGCAGUAGAGAAUGAUUACAGCCGUUAACUCGACAGCUCAAGAACAGCCUGAUGCUGUAUGUUAUCAGGAGUGUCGCAGAGCGAAAACAGUACGAUGAGAGUGAGCAAAAAAGAGCCUGUAAGUUUCGUUUAUGGUUGAAAUGGAAACAGGUAGAGGAAAGACAGCACAUUCCUCUUCGAUUAUAGAACAUUACAUUAAUUACGUUCGGGGUGUGAUGGGACCGAGACAGACGAAAGCUGACAAAUCUAUUUAUAUAGAAAAUAUGCCAAAGAUUAAUUUGUUCCUAACAUUUUCCCCUAAAUACAAACUGUGUGAAUAACAAAAUCUCAGGAAAGGUUGCGAACUUAUGUGCGACGAGCUAAAUAACUCGUGUAAUACUUAAAGUGUUUAUCGAAAUAGAUAUUAUGGGAAAGACCUAUUCCAGGGAUGAGCGAUAAGGUACUGCCUCGUAUCCAGUUAGUCUGUGGUACUUAUUGAUACAAGUGGAUAGAGAGAAGGUUUAGGAAGGUCAGGGGAUGGGGAAACGAUGGGGUCGUACGUGAACAUUGCACAUGCACUGUUUUAUAUACUGUGAAUGAAUUUUAAAAUAGCGUAUGUUGGCCUGCCUAAGCCUGCUGUACAUAUUGUAAUAACUGAGUGAUAUCUGUCUCAUGGGGAUCGUAGUUGGGAAAUACAGAGAAUAGAGGUAACUGAAAGCAAUGGUCGUCGCGGAACUUCUGACAUAUAGAUGCGUAAAAACUUACAAGUCGGCGGCGCAUACAUACUUAUUUUCUCUGUGUAAUAUAGUCACACAUGAUUUGCGUGGUACAGUCCACCAAUCGGUAAUAAUCACCUGUCGUAAAGCUCAAUAAUACUAAAGAAAGCAACGGAGGGAACCGACUAUGUUUCAGCUGCAGGUACCACUGCUGGGCAGCAUCUUCAUUAGAGAAGAUCACGUUCGGUUGACGAGUUCGAUCGAGCUCUUGUUGAACAAUGUGUCUCACUUCGAACGGUAGAACAUCGAUGUCCAUAGCUACGUAGACAUAGUCAACGCGGUAAUUCUGUCGAAUGUUCAAAAUACUGUGAGUAACAAACACUAGUAGGAGGACCGGUUAGGACCAUCUGUAAUAUUUCGCAUUAGAAGUACAUAUCUAUAACGAUGCUAAAUGUAUACAGGCGAAACGAGUCGUCAAGAUAUCGUACGAUGACAAUACAGGGUCGAUUUACAUUGAGCGGAAAUUCAAGGGUGUGAACAGACCGUGCCUCCUUUAAACGGGCACAACGACAAAGUAAUUCCGUGAAAUAGACGUUUUCUGGACUCUACCUGUAAAAACUUCACGGUAUACUACUCCGCUGAUGUUAAAGUUCGUUAUUGAAAUGAACUCAUACUCGGAAGCAAAAAUGACAACGGCAGGUCAAUCGACAAUAACCAGCAAUGCCUUUUCAAUCAAGUAAUUUUAUUGAUUUGUUUCAAAUUGAUAUGGAUUCAGCGUUGUGCGCAUACGAAAAUCACACAGUAAAACAUAGUAUGACACAGGCGCUUAAACCGACAGCCAACACGACUGCAGUCAAAUCUACGAAGUUAGUCGAAACUGGUAAACUUCUAAAGUUCCUAUACGAGCAGAGCCUUGCGCGCUCCUUGAAUAGUGUCUAGCGGUGGAGGUGACUCGGAAGUUCAGGGACAAGAUCGGUUGGCGACGCUCUUGGCUCGCGCGGACUAUGAGCAGUGAACACGGCUUCCUAGGGAACUAGCCGAAUUCCGUGGCGGAUUGGAAAGGGAACGCCCCUUUCCGCCACGGCACCACCCGUACAUACGUGUACCCAUACGUGUACAUACGUACACAUAUGUUUAGGAGACGCAGCGUUCUUAGUUAUUAGCGUCGGCGAUAACUUUUGGUGAAGACCAGUUGAAGAUCACGGAGUUGGCCCAUAUAUAAUAUUGUUGGAUAUUUACAGAAUAUUAGAGUGAGAUUAGAAACAUUCACACUUCGAGACCUAAUUACGUUUCACGUGCUUGAUCAAAAAGAUAUAACGGAAGACAUUGUUUCGGGAUUAAGCACGAAUCUAUAAUGGUCGAAUCACUGAAAAUUUGAUGAUCUUUCAAUCCACUGUCACUCCACUGGGCACAAUGUAAGGCUCAUGUUAGAAUUAAUUAACUUAUAAUAUUCUAAGAACAAACCCGAAUUUGUCAGCACGAGUACAUGCGCAGUUUUCUUAUGUAUUCGAAAUAAUUUUGCGUCGCAACCUCGUCAUCAGCAGGCAUUUUUUUUUCGCCAUUUUAACCUAGACAAGUUGUACGAAUGACGAAGUUUACUAAAAAAAAAAAAUA